AUGUUCGACUAUCUCAGUGAGACGGCUGACAUGGUCCAACGUCGGUAUCCAGCUGCCCAAAUGGUAUUUCUGGGGGAUUUUAACGCUCACCACCAGGACUGGCUGUUCCCAUACCAGAAUACCGACCACGCCGGGAGAGAGGCGCUCAAAUUUGCUCUGUCGCUAGAUCUUACCCAGCUAGUCCAAGAAGCAACACGAGUACCCGACGUUGACGACCAUACACCUAAUUGUUUGGACCUUCUGUUGACAACUGACCCAGACCGGUCCUCGGUAUCAGUUGCAGCUCCCCUGGACACAUCUGAUCACUGUGUGGUAAAGUCAGUAUCUAACUUUCACCCUCUACAUACAGGUCCUACCGGAACCAGACGUGUGUGGCGAUAUAAGUCGGCAGAUUGGGAUGAGAUGCGACACUUUUUUGCAUCAUACCCUUGGCGGCGGACUUGCUUCUCUUCCAGUGAUCCGUCGAGUUGCGAACAAGAAAUAUCGGAAGUGAUACGUCAGGGGAUGGAGUACUUCAUUCCAUUUGCUGAUGUAUCACUAGAUGGCAAGAUCCCUAGGUGGUAUAAUGCAGAAUGUGCCGAAGCUGCAGCCCGUAAGGACUCAGCAUUUGCAGCGUGGGCUGAAGCCCGUACCCUUAAAUCUCCGGACAUAACUACGAGGAAGAGAGCGUUCAACUCUGCUGCCAAGUCCUACAAAAGGGUUCUUAAAAAAGCUCGUUUCAACCGUAUUAAACGCAUCGGAGCCCAACUAGCUUCCCAUCCGCGCGGUAGUAGAGCAUUUUGGUCACUCUCUAAGUCGGUUGAAAUGAGCUUCUGCCGUCCCUCGCUGCCUCCUCUGCUUAAACCAGAUGGAUCGCUGGCCUUUACUGCGACAGACAAGGCUAACCUUUUAGCGAAUCUGUUUGCAGAAAAUUCGCUCCUUGAUGCAGGUAGUGCCUCACCGCCCAGACAUCCACCUUGCGACUCUGUUAUGUCAGAACUACGCAUUCGCCAAACUGAGGUUUUGAGAGUACUCCGUAACUUGGACGUGAAUAAGAAAACGAUUGGUAUUAUCGCGUGCCGCGCUGAGUAG